UGAUCCCUAUGCGAAGAUGAAAUUAACAUAAUAAGAAAAGCAAGUCCGGCGCCGAAAGAGUUUACUUUGUUUGACAAGUAAACAGUGAAGAGGACGAAGAUUCGUUGGACGUUCCAUUUGUGUGCUGUCCAAGCUUCUUUUCCCUAUAAAGUGCGUUCUCCACUCCACCAUUGGAAUUGGGCGAUCGCCGAGGUCAAGCCGAGUGAUAGAUUUCUUCUCUCUCUUCCAAUCCACUCGUUCAUACUUGGAGAGCGAGAGAGAGAUCCAUGGAGUACUCGAUGCUCAUCGCAUUCUUCUGGUCCGUGGUGGGCGUCGCCGCCGCGCUCAAAACCCUAGUCCCCCCCGAUUUCUAUCGCUUCCUCGAGGAUCUCCGCCGCAAGAUCCUCCACCGCUGGUCACUCUACCACAGCAUUACAAUCAGCGAGCGCAGCGGCGCCGGAAGCAACGAUCUCUACACCUACGCCGCCCUCUACUCGUCCAGCCUCAAGAACAGGGCCGACGCGCUCACCGCCGAGUGCCCUAGAAACGCCAAGAAGCUCACAUUCACCAUCGCCACUGGCCAGCAGGUCUUCGACGAAUUCCGGGGCGCCAGGAUAGUUUGGGAGCUCCAGACGAUCGUGAGCGAGGGAAUGUAUCGCAGGGAGGAGCAGCGAUUCCUCCAUCUAACAGUCCCCAAAGCCGAUCGAGGUCUAGUGCCCGAUUACCUCGAGUUCGUCAUGGAAAGGGGCAGAGAGAUCGAGAAAUUGGGCUGCGAGAAGGAGCUCCACACGAACAUCUACGAGUCGUGGGAGUCCAUCCCUUUCAAUCCGCCCCCCACAUUCGACACGAUCGCCAUGGAUCCGGAUUACAAAGCCCUGCUCAUGGAGGAUCUCACGAGAUUCAUGAAAGGCAAGGAUUUCUAUGCUGGGGUGGGGCGAGCGUGGAAGAGGGGGUAUUUGCUCUACGGCCCCCCUGGAACCGGGAAAUCGAGCCUGAUUGGAGCCAUGUCGAACUUCACUGGCUAUGACGUCUACGAUCUGGAGCUCACCAAGGUCCGGAGCAACCAGGAGCUCCGGCAGCUGCUGAUUCACGUCAAGGAUCGCGCGAUUAUCGUGGUGGAGGACAUCGAUUGCUCCAUUCCAAUCGAGAAUCGUCGCAAGAACAAGAAGAAGAAGAAGAAGAACAAGGACAAGGAGGACGAAGGAAAUAUCUCCAAGAUCCAAAAGAGGAGGAGGAGGAGGAGAGAGAGGGCGCUAGAUCCAGAGGAUCAGGGCGUGACACUCUCGGGAUUGCUGAAUUUCACGGAUGGAUUGUGGUCCUCGUGCGGCAGAGAGCGGAUCUUCGUCUUCACCACGAAUUUCGUGAAGCGAUUGGACGCUGCGCUCCUGCGGCCGGGGAGAAUGGACAUGCACAUCCACAUGAGCUACUGCUCGUUCGCGGCAUUUCGAUCGCUGGCGGCGACCUAUCUCAAGAUCGAGGAUCACGAGCUCUACCCGGCGAUCGAAGGCCUGAUCGCGAGCGUGAAGAUGACCCCGGCCUCCGCCGUCGAGACGCUACUCCGUCAUGGCCAGGAUCACACCGCGGCGCUGGAGAAUGUGGUGAAAACCCUAGCGGACAAGGUGUCGCAGGGCGACGAUCUCGACGACAACGAAGACGAGGAGGACGAUUCCAGCCUCUGCAGCAGCGGCAGCGACAGCGACAGCGACGAUAAUGACGAUAAUAAUCAGGAUUAGCAUAACACUUAGUUUUUGACAGUGACUGGCCGCAUUAUUGUGACAAAAGUUGGAAGAAAAAUCUUUC